ACAUUCAGCGUGUGAUUGCGGUGUGAGUUGACACAAGUUUACAAGUUCCAAGUCCCUCAUUCUCUUUUCUUCGGCUACCUUCGGAUUGUAAAAAUGAAUCAUACUAAGGACAGGCAUCAAAGAUCUCAGUUCCCUGCAAACAUCACUGUUGACAAUUUGGAAGCUCCACCCGAAGAAGCAUUGAAUGUGGAUCUGAAAGAGGUUGUCAUACCUGGAGUCUAUCCAGACAAACUCAAUGGUGAUUCCUUAGAAAAUCGAUGCCGUGAUAACACCUCAAGAGAAGGAGGACCUCCUGCUUGGGCACCUUUUGGGGAAAAAAUAAAUAAAGAUUCUUUGAAGGUAACUAAAGCAAGUGCUCCUGUGAAAGAUGAAAAGAAGAACCCCACCUUUGAUUUACAGCGAAAAGAUGCAAUUCUAACCGCAACACGCUCGUCUCAUCCCAAAAAAACCAACGUUGAAGAAAAGAUGAAAUCAGAAAAGAACGGAAAAAACUACAGAGAUCAGUUUCAGAGACAAAAUCAUAAUAAGGCUGAAACUGGAUCACUUAGUCAACUGGGUCGAAAAUCUGCCCCAUCCAAACACACAACUGUCAAUAGUAGGUCAUCUGAUAAAGAUCCUAAUGAUUGCCCCUCCCGGUCUCAAAGUAAUAAUAAUAACAGUUAUCAAUAUCGAAAGAUUUCUCCGAAACAUAGCGCACCCAAAGAACCAAUAAAAAUUGCUCAGAAAGAACAGCCAGUGCAACCCAAGCAUGAUCCUAUGGAAGAGGUUGCACAGAUGAAAUCUAGUUUUCAUGAGUCUUCGCCUCCUAUAUCUAGUUUUCAUGAACAGUUUUUACAGCCACCACCGAAUUUCACCAAUUGUCAUCAGGAAACUGUGCAGUCCAAUCCAAAAGGAUUUUCCAAAAGUAGCUAUCCAAAGAAUCAAUCAAAUAUAACAACAUCUCUUGAUGCUGUGACAGACUCUGCCACUUUUCCCAUUCCAAGCCAGUCAUUUACUGCUAGUAGUUUUUCUAAUAACUUAUCAAAUCAGUCAUUCAAUCAAAAUGACUAUUACAUUCAGAAUUCUGUCUCAUUAAGUGCAAAAAAUGAGUUUGACUAUACAAGCUUACCUUUGUCAAGUCAAUCUGUCGUACCAUUUCCUAAUAGUCAGUACGCCUCAGAUGUAAAUCACAUCCAAAACUAUGGAAACCCCAGCUACUUUGAGCCAUCCUUACAGCCGCCCUUACCAACUUUAAAGAAAAAUGACUUUGCUGAAAAUUGCAUACCAUCACAGGCUCUAGUCUUCUCCAGCAGUUCAUUCUCUGAUGGACGGACGCAGAAUUCCAUCCCGCGAUAUAUACCAAGCUCGUAUAAUCCUAUGAAAGGACCAUAUGGAAGAACUCAGUUCAGUGAACCACCCCCUAAUACCUUCAAUUCUCAUACGUAUAGAAGCAAUACAGUAGAUGGAUCUUUACAAAACUGGAUUCCACAUGUUGAGACUGAAAAUGAAAUCCAGCCGUACCUGUAUAUGAAAACAAAUUAUAAUGUGGUACCCAGUCAAAGUCCUCCGGUUCAGUUGGAAUAUGAUAACCAGACUCAGGUCUAUGGCAGGAGUAACUUCUGUGGUACAAAUAAUGAUUCACAGAAACGUCAGAAUGAAUGUGCACCUUCAUACCAAAUUAAUACUAAUAACAGCAACGAAUCGUUGCAGUAUCGAGCUCGAAAAUUUGAUGAUAAUACUGUUCCUCAGCCAUACACCUACAACAGAGGAAGUCAUUUUUCUGAGGGAGCGUUUCAUCGUAAGAACAAUGAUGAAGCCCACAGAGGAUCUCAGAGGCAAUAUAUCAGACCUCUAUCCAAGCCAAAUCAGCAACCAAGAGCCCCGAAUAUGCGAGGAGCCCGCGGUCGAGGAUUCUCGCAUCCCCGUCAGCCUCGGUUUUCCAGUCCUACUUCACAGCCUGGUGUUCUGUCUGAGUAUUUCGAUACUAAACUUCACAUAAAUACAGGGUAACUUGCCCAACACGAGCUCUCCAUGGAGCAUCCUUUCUUCUCAAGUCGGAGUUAAUUGCUCAAAUUUUUGACUGAAAUCAUUCCUCCAUCCUUAUGUUUUCUUAAUUUAACCAUGAAAGGGUUCUCAAGAAUAUUCGCAAGUAAAACCUAAAUUUUGUUAUUUUUUUGUCAUCAAGGAGAUUGCCCAGAAUUAUCAGUUUCUUGCUGGGAUUUGUAAAGCCUUUAGCAAGUCCUACACUAAACCUGAUUGCCCCCCCCCCCCAGUAUCCUUGGUUGAAAGCCCUUGUAUUCUACAUACUUAACUUAGUUAUUUUAUUUACUGCUGUUCGAAACUAGGGACUCUUUUUUCUGGGGUAUCGACUUCCAAAAUGUUGUAUAGCUGGCAGAAAAUUAAGGCUUCCGCCUAAGAAGAGGAAGGAUUAAUUUUUAAUGCAUUCGAACAGGUCUUAAAAAUGAAGAAUAUCUGGAAGGCCUCAAAAGUUCUAAAGGUCCUUGAUUUUACCACUAGCUACAACUUUGGGAAAAGUCCUUGAUUUUAGUUUUCUAAAGUUUUCAUGUACCUACCUACUUGCUUUAAAAUAUAUUUUCUAGCAUUCCACUCAUUUCCAUUAAUUUAAUCUUAAUUUUGUCUCUAAAUUUUAAAUUUCAAAAACUGUCGAUGAUAUAGGCAUGCGAGCGGCUGAACGUUGCAAUUUUGACUUUCAUGCUUGACUUUCUUGUCUGAUUUCUACUCAUGUGCUUCCAGUUUUGGUUUUUUCUUGAUUGUAACUAACUUUCCAAAAUCUCUUUGAAUCAAAUUCAUUGUGUUUUAAAAACCAUAGUUUAAGAUGCUUGUCUGAUAGGGAUCUUAAAAACUACUGUUCCCACUUCCAUUGGACUUGUUUUAAUGAAAGCUGCGUAUGUUUUUGCAGUUUUGUUCUCUUCAAUUUUUUCAGCCAGUGUUGUGUUAUUUCUCCCAAUUUCCUUUGACAUAGCGACUUCUAAAGCGCCAGAUACACCUACGAGCUAGAAGCUAGUCUUGAGCGGCGAGUAGGCCUUCGGUCGUGUUCGGCAAUCUUCGUAACCAAUCAGAUUGCAACUCGCCGCCAGUAACUCGCUCAAAGAAGGAUGGAACCCUACGUUUCGCGGCAAUACGCGCGUCUAGCCUGCAGGUGUAUCUGGCGCUUAAGGUUUGGUAUCCUUGAUCAGAGAAAUUUUGGAAUGUUUGUCAAAAUAUUGGAAACCAAAAGGUGCUGGCUUUUCUAGGGAUCAAAAAGUAGGCUUGAAGUAAAUUGGUCGAGAAACUCGAGAGAUCCAAAGAGAACAAGCAUCUCAAGCCGUUUAGUCGAAUAUACCAUAGUGCAAAAAGAGGAAAAUUUUACAACAUUCGUAGCAAAAUGUAAAAAAAAAAAAAACAAAAAAAAAAAAAUUUGGGCACAUUCGCAGAUUAGGGGCUUUCUUUUAAAAUAACCCUCAAGUGAAUCAGUUGGCUAAUUUUUAAGAGUAGAAGUGGACAAUCAGCUCAAGUUAUAGAUUUUAAAACAAAUUCGAUCAAUUUAAAAGAAAUUGCGCAACUUUAAUUCCAAACAAUCAAAAACUGUAGGCUGAGAACACCUGUAAAGAUCAAAAUUUUCCUAUAUGACAAAUGUGAAGUAAGUCCAUCAUCUAGUUUCCAAGUUUGAAGAUGGACAAUAAUGUUGAGCAGCAGAGUCGAAAAUGUAUUGAUUUGAGCUGCGAGAUGUGUAACGACAAAUGUGAAAAUCGAAAAAUCUAAGUCCAAAGGCUCAUCUACAAUUCAAGAACGCUCUUCAAAAAUUCUGAGGUAAAUUGGUCAGGUAAUUUCGGAGAUAAGAAUCGAUAAGUCUAAUUGUCUUAGUGUAAUAAUUAACAUUUAAUUGACACUCUCACUCAAAUCCUGUCCAAAUACCUAUUUGUGUAUAUUGACGCAUCAUCAUAUUUAUAAUUCAUUAAAUGAUUUCUCAUCAUGAUAUUAAGACACCGAAACAUAGCGCUUAUAUGCAUAGAAUUGAAUCCAUUAUCCAGUGGUUAAUUAUUUUGCAGCAAAAUACAGCGUUAUGACACUUUUUUUAAUGUAAAGAAAAUUGGCAUUGUGAAACUUUUAAAUAUCGCCAAGAAUAUUUUCCGGAAAUAUUUUACUGAAAUUUAUAAGCAUGUGGGUUCCGAGUUUCUCCUCUAGAAUGAUGAAAAUUAAUUAAGGCCUAACAUUCACUCUCUUUAAAUCAGGAAGAUAGACUCAGAAUUAAAUCCAUUUUUCCGUUUGCUGUCAAAGUGUCUCUUCUUUUUCUUUCUUUUUUAUUCCUUCUCACAGUUGUGAUCUAUAUUUGAUGCCCGAGGUGCAUGAAAGAUUCAUAGACUAUUGAAUUAAAUAUUUGUGGUACAUGUUUUUGCAUUUCACGUUUUUAAUAAACUCACCUUCUCUCAAGAA